AUGAUCUGGGAUCUCGCCUCAAAGCGACUAUCGCAGCGGCAUUGGAUGGGCUACAAAGAAUCGUACUCCUGCAUCUGGAUGACAACGGGAACCCUGCAUGAAGACCAUACCAUCGACACCGACCUCCGUCCAAUCAACCUCACAGCCGACGGCCUAGCUCUGAUCGAUUCGAUGACCCUCCAAAAUGCUGACCUACAACUGGAAGACAGACGAACGUGUCGACGAUACCAAUGGAAUGCCUACGUCCGCUCUCAUCUGCUUCGCAAACAACCCUGGCUUCCGAACUCACCAUACAUUCCCUCUCAUCCUUCGCGCCGCCACGAUCUCCCAACGCGCUGCCUUCGGUACACAGGCCGCCUCCAUGAUCGCGUGAUGGUCGAACACGCAGCCCUCUAUGCCAGCCCAUUGUCCAUGUUCGCGUUCUCGAGCACAUUGAACCACUGGGAUUAUGAGGAAGGCGGUGUCUGCGGAGAUUACCAUUUUUCUUUUGUAGAAGAAUAUGCGCUCUUAAACUUUCCACGCUUUUCCUCAGACUUCUUCCUUAAUAAGCAGACUCGGCAUGAUGCCGGAUUGCCAAAUCCCAACAACUGUGAUGAAGAUGUCUAUCUUAUGUCGUUUGUAGAGAAACGUGCUCCUACGUUUCGACGACAAAGAAACUGCACCAAAUCCACUCUAACAACGACAGUCUCUGCCCUCGCUGGCGACUUGCAGUACAACCAUUGCAUCCAAGUCAUCUUCAUCACACAAACCAUCUCGUCGUCCACACUACCUGCCCCUCCCCGACUACUACACCCCCGUCGUCCUAGCCCCAACCACCGUGUCUACGACACGCCACUCCUUUCGCUGAGUUUAUGGCAUCAGUGCUCCAUCAUCCGCACCCAACGACCUCUCUCCAUCCUCAUCUGGUCCGAGAACGGCUUGAGCCUCUUGCUCCAGGUCUAAAUUAUCCCCUCGUGCAUCAUCAAUGAACGCCCCCGCCUAUACAUUCUCCUCCGACUCUCGUCAGUGAGACGGUAUCCCAUUGGUCUCCACUCUAAUACGCCGAUAUUGAUCCAUUCACAUAUUCGUGCUGUGGAUGCAGACG